AUGUGUGAAGAAUUCAAAUUUGACAUAUUUACCAAAGGGCGUGUUGCAGACAUUCCCGUAAUGAUACAAAAAGCGCAUGCCUGCCUAUACGAGCAGCAAAAGAACUUCAAAUACAAGAUAUCUUCUGAAUGCCAAGUAAUUUCUACGUCUACAAAGACAAUGAUCGACCUUUGCUCCAGGAUGAAUAAAUGUGUGGAAUCUCUUAGUAAUAUUAAAGAAGCUAUGAUAAAAUUCUCUGAUCAUACAUUGACGCUAGAAGGUUCAAGUGAUGACUAUGUAGAUACUGAUAUAGUUUAUGAUAUAAGAUGGAUCCAAAAUCUAUCCUUCAGGAGUUAUAAGUUGAUCAAGGAUAAAAAAAUUGUUCAGUGCUUCAAAUUGUUGUUUAUUGAGGCAGUACAGAAGUUCGAUAACAUACAGGCAAAUGCAUGUGACAACGCUGAGUUAUCGAAAGAGUUAUAUAGUCACAAGAAUGUCUAUUUCAAAAUACUAAUACCCAACUUAUAUAAAGAAUCAGUUUCACAACUUAACAAUACUAUGAGUGGAUUGAGUGAUGUUGUUAGAGUGUUGAUAGUUAUUAUAGCCAUGGAAAUAUACACAGGAGGUAAUGUGGAAUCUGCAAGAAAUCUCUACAUCAAUUGCAGAAACAUAUCAAUUGAAAAGUUAACUGAUAUUAGUGACUUACUUAGUGCUUUGCAUAUAAGUUAUAUGGGAUUGGAACUUUUCAGUUUGAAAAUACUAUAUGGUGGUAAAUGUGUGGAACUAUUUAAACAAUUUUCUGCUUCAACAAAGAUUGUAUUGUCGGAUGUGAAAUACAAUGCAACAGAUCCCACCUGGUUGGAUGUUGUUUCACAAAAAUUACGCACCACACUCAACAAAUCGUCCGAUUUCGUACACGUAAAGUCGAUACAGCAAAUAAUAUCAUCUAUUGAAAUGGAAAGUUAUGAGCAAUUACCCAAGAUAAUACAAGAUAUUAUGGUGGAUUUGGGUUUGGAAAGUGAUGGAAACGUCCAGUUUGAUUGCACCAAUAGCGUAGGUGUUCAAUUAAAAUCCAUAAAUGAUAUCCUUAGUGCGUACAUUCCUAAAAUAAUUACAAAGUGGUUAGAACAAUCUUUUGCCUAUAAUGAUAACAUUAAAAGCAAUUUUUCUAAUUUCUCUGUUAUAUUAGAUACAUUGAAUGAGUUAUUGGAUAAGACUAACUGUGCGGGUCAUUUUAGAAGUGAAUUGGCUAGGAAUUUGAACAAAUUGGAUGAGUCAAUCACUACAGAUUUGAGUAAACUGAAUAGUAUUACAUUUGACAAUAUAAAUGAAGUAGCUAGGAUGAAUUGCAUAUCGAAUCUGAAAAAGCUGGAUAUUUUGGCUUCGAAAUAUAUGUUUGACAAGGACAAUUAUUAUGGCAAAUAUUUUGAUGACAAACUGAUAGAGUUUGUCAAAAGAGCUGCAGAAACCCUGGAUAAGCUAAUUAAAAUUAAUAUUGAUACAAAUAUUAACUAUGGAAAAGGGCCCAGAAUGGGUGUGUUAAGUGAAUUACUUAUUAGAUCGCGAUUCAUUUCGUUGUACAUUAUGGAUGAUCAACAAAAUACUAGCUUCGAAGAAAAUAAUGAUCAACUGUUGGUUGUGAAAAGUAUAAUUGCAUACAGAACCUUUAAACCUGUGAAAAUAAUGAGUAUUCAAGAUGCUAUAGACUCGUAUUUUAUGUUGAUAAAGUACCAAGAAUUUACUAGUGACGAUUCUACAAAAGAUGUGCUUUGCAAACUUGGUUUGAAGGAAUUACAAUUUGACAAUUUAAACAAAUACUCAGAAUCUAAACAGAUAGCGUUGGAAGCUAGCGGCAACACUAGGUAUAUGUUUCCUGGUAUUGCCAUACCCCAUCAAUAA